CAGACCAUAUAUGGAUGUUUUCUAUACUCGUCUUCGCUACAAAUGGAGACCAUAUCAUCGAUAUCCUUGAUAUUCACCAGCGUAUUAAUAUAUUUGGAACAAGCUCUACGCAUCUCAUGCCGGACUUCAGACACAUCUCUGUGGAAGAGUUAAAUAUUGAAAGUAUGUCCGACGUAAAACAAUUUCGAAAACGCCCACCGAGACGCUUGUAUCAAAUGACAAUUGAUAAUGAAACGUUCCUUCUGAAUUUACGGCCUAACACGGAUAUGUUCACGGACGAGUGCAUUAUACGUGAAAACGAUGAAAAUGGCACCACAACAGUUCGGCCAUGCUCCGAUUAUAAUAUUGAUUGUUUCUACACCGGAAGUACAAAUGUUCAUAACGACUCCUGGGUGGCGGCUAAUGUAUGUGGUGGUCUAAGAGGACUGAUCAGUUAUGGAAACACAAGUUUGGUUAUACAUCCAUUCGUCAACGAGCGCAAUUCUUCCGAUCUUGCUAAUCAUAUCGUCUAUCGUUACCAGAGUGAAAAACAAGUUUGCAAGACGAACGGAUCACCUGUUUGGACACACGUGGUACUUCCACCGAGGAAGCGAGAUGUGCCAAUAAGAUUCAUUGAAACUGGAGUAAUAGUUGAUCCUGCUAUGUACCAAUAUCAUCGAGAAAAAAUAGUAAAUUACGUUUUCACCGGAUUCAAUAUCGCAUCGAAACUGUACGCUGACCCAUCAAUUGGUACUGACAUUGAACUGCUUUUAAAAGAGUUGGUAAUAUUCAAGUCGAACAAUGGAUUUAAUGUGGAUAAUUCACAAGACGCAGAUAAAACGUUAUCCAGCAUGUGCCAAUUCCAAAGCCAGCAUCUAACCUUGCAAACCACAGACGUUACUAUGAUGCUAACUAGGCUAGAUAUUGAGCACGAAUGCGACCUCUCAACUACCGGUCUGGCUAAUGUGGGUGGCGCUUGUGAGAAAACCCAAAAGUGUGGUAUUGUGGAAGACACGGGUCCAGUGUUUGGAAUCACUUUAGCGCAUGAAAUUGGCCACUUACUUGGUAUGAGCCAUGACGGCAGUGGGAACAAUACUUGUACACCUCAUAUAAUGUCACCGGGUGGACAAAGUGGUAUAGAAGGAUUUACUUGGUCGGAUUGCAGUGCGUCACAACUGCACGAAUCACUUCAAAGUUUAAGUUGUCUAACGAACAAUCCAGGCAGACAUUCCGGAACAUUUAGCCGUGACCACAAACUACCAGGCAUGAUAUACACGGCAAAUGACCAAUGUCAGUUAUUGUAUGAUAAAAGCGCAAAAUCGAUAACAUUAAAAACUGAAAUUCCAUGUAAAAACCUGCUCUGUUAUUUCAACGGUGUCAUUUUACGAAUAUCUCAACCUGUUAUGGAUGGCACUGACUGCAACAACACGAGAUCAUGGUGCUUCAGAGGGUCGUGUGUCCACAUGAAUGAAACGUUUAACACUGCUCCCGUUCAUGGUGGUUGGUCGAAAUGGGACGAAACCUUUACCUCGUGUACGGCAACUUGCGGAGGUGGUGUCAAAUUCAAGAACCGCUAUUGUAAUAAUCCAGUGCCACAGUACGGUGGGCGUGACUGUUCCGGUCCGAGCUUCAUUGCUAAAAUAUGCAACGUCGUUCCUUGUAAUUAUGCACCUGCAGUACAAGAGUUAUGUCAGAAAUUGAACAAGGCACUUCCGUAUUCUGCCAAAGGGGAGUGGCACAUGUACCAAAAUGAUGUUCAAUUGAUUGGAGAUGAAGGCUGUAAAUACGUUUGCAAAACAAAUAAUUUUGACAAACCAAACUAUGAUGUAAAACUUCCAUAUCCUGAUGGCUGGACAUGCACUCACAUGGACCUUUACCCACUUAGUAGGUGCAUAGCAAAUGUCUGUAGAUCGUUUGGUUGCGAUGGUUUCUUGGGGUCAAAUUAUAGUUACGAUUCCUGUGGAGUGUGUAAUGGUAAUGGCAAAACAUGUCGCCGAGAAACAUUUACUGUCGCACAUAAACUUACAAGCUACCAAAAUGGGUUUCAUGCAGUAACAAUUGUGCCACAGGGCAGCACCGACGUUUUGAUAGAGCAGAAUAACACCGAUGUUUAUCUUGGCAUCAAAAUUAAAAAUAUCACGUUGUUUGAUACAGGAGACGUACAGAAUGAGACUUUAAUCGAUACACAUGGAGUACGAAUAAUAUACAGGUCACACCCUGAAUCCAUCAGAAUCAACGGACCCUUAUUGAACCAUUUUCUAAUAGUUGCGCAGGCCAGGUCUUCAGCGAAUCAUAGCAGAGGCUUUUCUGUUAGCGUAAAUUAUCAUGUUACAGAUAAUGAUGUUAGUUCCAGGUACGUAUGGGGCGAGCGCAAAAGCACGUGUUCACGAUCUUGUGGUGGGGGUCUGCGCCCACACGACAUCACGUGCAUGGAUGGUUUCAUGUUUAACAUCAAAGCGGAAGAUUACCUCUGUGACAUCCGCACAAAACCAAAUGAGGAACCUACCCCUUGCAAUGAGCACCCCUGUCCAUACAGAUGGUCAGCUGGAAACUGGAGUGACUGUUCGGUUACAUGUGGCCAUGGAAAAAAGACGAGAUAUAUUAACUGUUUGCAGUUCACAGACGGUGAAGAUCAAGUUGUGAAGGACGAUUUGUGCGCCAGUGAAAGAAGACCUGUCGAUCAGAUGUCUUGCGAUCUUGGUAAAUGCUGGAAGUGGCAUAUAAAGCACGAGUCAUCGUGCUCAAAGACAUGCAGUGAAGGUUUUAAGAAUAGAACUAUCAUUUGCAUCGAAGCCGAUACAUUUCUUCAGUUGCCCAUUGACACAUGUGACGAGGAGAAGAAACCAAGAUACAUGGUGAACUGUAAUCACGGACCUUGCAUGAAAAGUACCACGUGUACUGAUGACAUUGACCAUUGUAAGUACAUGUAUGGUGACGAUAUUUGUCAUGGUGAAUACUCUAGUUGGGCUGAACGGAAUUGCAGAAAAUCAUGUGGCGUUUGUGUGCAAAACGACCACAAUACAUGUUUACAGUACGUGGCUAUUGGGAGAUGGGACGAUAUUUGCAAGGGCGAUUUUUCAAACUGGGCCACAAGCCACUGUCGCUUGACAUGUUCAUCCUGCACGUUUGAACCUGAUCAAACCAACUGCACAAUCUACUAUCCUGACGCAUGUACUGACUCCAGGUACCAAAGUUGGAUGAGCAAAAACUGUGGAAGUUAUUGUUGCUCGAACAUUGUUUAUUGAGGUCAACUUUAGGUUUUAACAAGGUGCCACUUGUUUGAUUGUUACUGCCCGGAUUCAAUGACACUUUUAUAAGCUAUUUCAUGGAUUUGUUUAGUUCAUGGAAGAAACGUAAGCCAUAUUCUUUGUUUGAGAAAUAAUUUUAUUGAAUAUUGGAAUACAACUUAAGUAAUAAUUAUUGUACCUACCAGCCGUGUUAUUGAAAUCAAAAUUAAUUAAAAAACAAAUUUGUUUAAUUGCAAACAACAGGUCUGGUUUUUGUAACUGUUGUGUACCAUAUAUUUAUCUUUACAAUGUAAUAAAUAACGUGUGUAAAUUAAAAUGUCGUUGUAAAUUAUCAACAAAUUCGUAAUGCACAGUAUGACCUUUGCCUACUGGUACUCUUUCAAAUUUUCGACAUGGUUCAACUAUUAGUUAAUGUCUCCUGAUUACAUCACGACCUAUUCCAUGAUUUAAAUACAAUUGUCAUUAACUACAUUUGUUCAGUUCUGUUCUUUUCUGUAGAUUAACUCUAAAGAUUGCAUCUUAAAUAAAAAAUGAAUAUUCGGAUUAUUUUCUCAGUUUAUAAAACUAUAUAGUACAAAAUAAUGUAACUCGGGAAUCUUUUUUGUUUUGUUUUGGAUAACAGGGCUACACAAUUUAGUCAGCAGUACUAGUUGCAUGAUUUGUAAUGCUUUAUACUGCUUUCAACAUUUGCCGCUUUAGACUAAAAAGAUUAGUGUUUGUAACUACAAAUUCUUUGGCGUACUUGUUUUUGUAAUAUGCUAACAUAUCAUGUUGUAAGUCAUUUGGUUCGUGCUUGUGUUACUUACAUAUAAUGGGAUUGUCCGCGCUAAAGGUUGCUUUUGUAAUAUUCUCAUCGCUUAAUCUGCUUUAUUAUCAUAUUUGAUUUGAUACGAUUGUUUUAUGACAUUGUAUGUUUGUUAUUGAAAAUAAUAAAAAAUGAUUUGGUAGAAAUUAUCUUUCAAUAAAGUAUCUGUAUAUACAUCAAUAUUCCAUUAAAACGUGU